CAGAAGCUACCGUUGCACUGGCCCCCGCCGGCCGGCCGGGCUCUGUCCCGGCCGAGCUCUCCCUGCCCAGCAGGUGCGACCCCCCCCCCGCGCAGGUGGAAUGCCCCGCCCCGCUGGCAGCGGCGUGUGCCAAGGUGGCGCCUACCACUAUGUGCGGGGGGAGGGUGACGCCAGCUGCUCCCUCAGGCAGAGAAAGUGCUUUGGAGACGGCGCCCCCGGCCGGGACUAAUGGGCCGAACCCGGAACUGUGCCCGGCUGCGGCGGCGCCGGCAGCGGCAUGGAGCAGCGCGGGGUCAGGGCCGGGGCUGAGGCGGCUGGCGUGGACAGCCCGGCUGAGGAGGGGCCGGGGCCGGGGCCGGGGCCGACGGGUUGCAGCAGCAGCAGCGGGCGAUGCAGCCGCACGUCGCGGCUGGUGAGCGGGCUGCUAACCCAGUUGUACCGCGGCGGCCCCGCACGGCACCGCGACAGCCUGGACAGCUCUACCGAGGCGUCCGCCGGCUCCGACGCCUUCCCCGGCGGCUGCGCGCACAGCCGCGUCCUCCACGAGCUGCAGCAGCGCCCCAGCCCGCGCCGCCAGCAGCGCUACCUGGGCCGCAAAGAUGCGGAUGAACUGAUGGCUAUAAAACAAGAACUGAAUUACAGAGUUUGUGUCCAGUCAGCAAAGUUGCUUCGUCACCUGAAACAGAGAGAUAGGCUUUUACACAAAGUGCAGAAGAACUGUGAUAUUGUCACUGCAUGUUUGCAGGCUGUUUCCCAGAAACGACGGGUUGAUACAAAGUUGAAAUUUACUCUUGAACCAUCUUUAGGUCAAAAUGGUUUUCAGCAGUGGCAUGAUGCUCUCAAAUCAGUGGCCAGGCUACCAACAGGGAUACCAAAGGAAUGGAGGAGAAAGGUAUGGCUGACUCUAGCAGAUCACUACUUACGUAGUAUAGCAAUCGACUGGGAUAAAACUAUGCGCUUCACCUUCAAUGAGAGAAGUAAUCCUGAUGAUGAUUCCAUGGGUAUUCAAAUUGUAAAGGAUCUUCAUCGAACUGGCUGUAGUUCUUACUGUGGCCAGGAGGCAGAACAAGACCGAGUCGUAUUAAAACGGGUUCUGUUGGCCUAUGCCAGAUGGAACAAGUCUGUUGGUUAUUGUCAAGGCUUUAAUAUACUAGCGGCACUGAUUCUGGAGGUAAUGGAAGGCAAUGAAGGGGAUGCUCUGAAAAUCAUGAUUUACUUAAUUGACAAGGUACUGCCUGAUAGUUAUUUUGUCAAUAACCUUCGUGCAUUAUCUGUGGAUAUGGCUGUUUUCCGAGAUCUUUUGAGAAUGAAACUUCCUGAACUGUCCCAGCACUUGGAUAUACUUCAAAGAGCAGCAAACAGGGAAAGUGGAGGAGGUUAUGAACCCCCACUAACAAAUGUCUUCACAAUGCAGUGGUUCCUGACCCUCUUUGCUACAUGCCUUCCUAACCAUACAGUUCUAAAAAUCUGGGAUUCAGUAUUUUUUGAAGGUUCUGAGAUUAUACUGAGGGUAGCCUUGGCUAUCUGGGCAAAAUUAGGAGAGCAAAUUGAAUGUUGUGAAACUGCAGAUGAAUUCUACAGUACCAUGGGCAAACUAACUCAGGAGAUGUUGGAAGACAGUCUGAUUGACAGCAAUGAACUUAUGCAGACUGUUUAUUCCAUGGCCCAGUUUCCUUUCCCACAACUGGCAGAAUUAAGGGAGAAAUAUACAUACAAUAUUACUCCUUUUCCAGCAACAGUAAAAUCAACUUCUGUUUCAGGAAGGCUGAGCAGAACUAGAGAUAGCGAUGAAGAGAAUGACCUAGAAGAUGAAGAUUCCAUUGCCAGUGCUGUCGGCUGCCUUGGACCAUUCAGUGGGCUCUUGGCACCAGAGCUGCAGAAGUACCAAAAACAAAUCAAAGAUCACAAUGAAGAACAGAGUCUGGGCUGCAGUAACAUUGCCGAGCUAAGUCCGGGAGCAAUAGACUCUUGUCGAAGUGAAUACCAUGCUGCUUUUAACAGUAUGAUGAUGGAGCGUAUGACCACUGACAUCAACGCAUUAAAGAGACAGUAUUCUCGAAUAAAGAAGAAACAGCAACAGCAGGUUCAUCAGGUGUAUAUCAGAGCAGGGCAUGAAGAUGAUGACCCUGGGAUCUUAUUAGGUCCCGGGGACCAGCUGAAUAAUGACAAAGGGCCAGUUACCAGUCUUCUCCCCUCUCAGGUAAAUCAUUCGCCAGUGAUAAACCAUCUUCUUCUAGGAAAGAAGAUGAAACCAAAUAACAGAUCUGCCAAGAAUGCAGUCAUUCACAUUCCAAGCCAUGCAGCAGGCAAAAUGUCACCCAUUCCCCAUGAAGACCUUAAAACAAAACUCAACUCUCCCUGGCGCACUCAUAUCCGAGUGCAUCGCAAAAACAUAGCUAGAGCCAAAAGCCAGCUGGGCUAUGGGGAUACCAUUGGAUUAAUAGAAGAGCAGAACGAAGGCUGUAAAACAAACAGUCCUGGUGCAAAAGAGGAGACUCUAAAACAUUCUGAUUUUGAAGAAGGAGAGGGAAGUGACCUCGAUGGCAGGACUACUCGGCAAGCUGAUGGACAGUUGGCUGAGCCAGUUUCUGAGGACACCAAUGCAAAUGUGUUAGCAGUUCAGCUAAAAUUGGAGGCGUUAGAACUUGCCUCUGACAGCAAAACUGAUGUUGAGCCAGUGUCCGGUCAGUCCUGCCAAACACACACGUCACAGUCAUCUAGUUCAUCCAGUGACAGUGGGACAUCAGCUAAAACUCCCCAAGCCAGCAAUGCUAAAUCGCAAGUCUUUAGCCCUUUCCCUAGUGUCAAACCUCUUCGAAAGUCGACUGCAGCCAGAAAUUUAGGGUUGUAUGGCCCAACCGAAAGAACCCCAACUGUACAUUUUCCACAAAUGAGCAGGAGUUUUAACAAGUCCACCAAUAGCAACAGUGGGACAAAGAAACGAUGAUGAAUCACCAGCACUUAUAUUUCCAGGCGGAAAAAAUUGUAUUGCUAUUUGUGAACAUGUCCGAAAGACUUUCUAAAUAGUACAAUUCUUUAAAUGAAGCAACGGGGACAAAAGCAGAUAGAUAAUGGACAUAUGACUAUGCUGUCUUGAAAGCUCUGCCCCUGGAUCAUGUGGACUAGUGAAGGUGUACUGUGGCACAUAACAUAGAUUCUAGUGGUUCUGUGGUAAAAUAAACAUUGAUUUGUAGUGUAAAGUACACUCUUUUAAAUUGAAGUUGUGUUUAAAAGCUGUCUGCUGCCUUCUCCCAAUUUCUGAGAGCACCCACGUCUAUGUCAAAGCCCCAAGGACAACCCCCAUCCACAAAGAAUUUUGUGAGCAGAGCUGUCCUUUAAAUCUCAUCAGUGUGGUUCCAUUAGCUAGCUAGAGGAGCUGCAAUUAAGCAACAAAAACAUAGGCAAACCUAGAAAUCAAAGGCAUCUACUGAACACAAAGAGAGAUUAGAAACACUAAUUGGAUGGACCAGCUGGCUGGUACUUCUAUCUUCAGUGACAUUUACUGUUUCUCUUCCUGUGGCUGGUCUUCUCUGUUGCUGUUAUUUCUUGUAAGUUUAAGUUGGAAGCCAGUCAGCUAUGGUAAGAUAACAAGAAAAGCAUUCACCUCUUUCCUGAGGUUGCAGUUUGCUGAUUUCGUACUACAUAAAACCUGCAAAGUUACAGAAUGGUAGGAUUUAGAUACAUAUAUGUAUUUCUCCAUUUACUGUGGUAAACCUCUUGACUCCAGAAUCUGUAGUCGGAACCUAUAGACUCUAGCAGUCUGUAUUUUUCUGGUAAACCAAAUAUAAUGGUAAACAACUUGAUGAUGGAUAAAAAUUUGAAAAGUUUUUAUGUGGUUGAGGAGCUGAAGCCUAUUUCUGAAUGUGAUUUAGAAUCUUAUUUUCUAUUUAAUUGCAGCACAAUAUCUUUCUAAAUGAAUUAAUCCAAUCCAGUUGACUAAAAUGGACUGAAUUAGGCCUGUAGAAUGGGGAGAGCCUAUAUGUGAAUCAGUGCUAGUAACGCUGGCUAAAUUAAAUACCAGAUUCCUAUUUCUAUUCUAAUCCUUUUUGUCAGUUGCUCCUGACAACUUAUUCUCCAGUUCUGAGAGUGUGAUGCCUCUGUUUCCUGUUUGUUAAUUUGUUUGGGAGCUUGUAAAAUCCUUGAGCCAGAUAUCACUGGUUUACUUUAUAUUAAUACAGACAAAAAAUUAACUGCAAAAAACUAGAGAUAGUUUAACUUCAGGUUGCAUUCAGGUUACUUUUUAUAAUGUUAACUCAGGCACAUUAGACAUUGGCCCUGAUUCAGCACCUUGUUACUUCUGUUACACUCGUGCACCCGGAGUAAUGCAGCAGUGAAUCGGCUCACUAUAGGUAGCAUUUUCUCUUCCUAAAUUCUUUGUAAAAUGUAAACCUUAAUGAAUCAUUGUCUGUUUAUUACUGUGUGCCAUGAUGUAUAGAGAAUGUGCUAGAAGGUAUUACUGUACAUCAUAAAUUUAUAUAGGCUAUACGACAUGCCCUGUUGUUGGGGAAUAAUUUUAUCUUGUUCUUGUACUUUCUGUAUGCGUAUGGGUAUCACAAAUACACAAAUAUGUCUAUUAUAAAUUUUAAACAACUGAAGAUCAGUGCUUGCCCCUGCCUCGUUUUUCAGGGCUAAGUGGUGUCAUCACCAGUGAUUACCAAAAAGGAUGAAUAAAUGGGAGAAAAAUGUAGAAUUUGGUCACUAGCCAAGGACUGUAUUAGGAAGUGAUUUCAUUCUUGGUUUCAGUUAAAUACACCUCCUUGAAAAUAAAAUUAUUACUGUGAAUCAAA